AUGAAGCUCAAGUCUCGGCGAGGCAGCGCCGGGGACGAGGAAUCAGCAGGCGCGGACGCCGUCGGGAGCCUGAUCGCCCCGCUCACGCCGCGCAAGGACUGCUGGUGGUCCUCGGCGCUCCUCAAGGCCAUCACCGUGCUCCUCGUCCUCGUCACCGGCGUCCUCAUCGGGUUCGCCGCCAGCGCCAACAUCUCGCGCUGCUACUUCUACACGCCGUCGUCGUCAUCCUCGUCCUCGUCGUCGUCGGAUCACCACCGUCAUCUGCAGGUUGGUGGUGACGGCGACGAUUCGAAUUCGAAUUCGAAUUCAAAGACGCAGCAGACCCAACAGGAGACGCAGGGCGGUUCAUCGCCGUCGCCGCCAUCAUUCAUGGACUUCGUGCACCCCGGCUCGCCGUGGGGCCACACGAUGUCCGACGAGGAGCUGUUCUGGCGGGCGUCGAUGGUGCCCCGGGUGGAGGAGUACCCGUACCAGCGGGUGCCCAAGGUGGCCUUCCUCUUCCUCACCCGCGGCCCGCUCCCGUUCGCCCGCCUCUGGGAGCGCUUCUUCCGCGGCCACAACGGGCUCUACUCCGUCUACGUGCACGCGCUGCCCAACUACGUCCUCAACGUCUCCGCCUCCUCCCCGUUCCACGGGCGGCAGAUCCCGAGCCAGGAGGUGUCGUGGGGCUCCAUCACCCUCGUCGACGCCGAGAAGCGGCUGCUCGCCAACGCGCUGCUCGACCACUCCAACCAGCGCUUCGUGCUCGUCUCCGAGAGCUGCGUGCCCGUCUACAACUUCCCCACCGUCUACGAGUACCUCGUCAACUCCGCGCACAGCUUCGUGGAGUCGUACAACAUCGACGUGCCGCAGUGCGCCGGCCGCUACAACCCGCGCAUGGCGCCGGACGUCAUGGAGGACCAGUGGCGCAAGGGGUCCGAGUGGUUCGAGCUCAGCCGGGACCUCGCGCUCGACAUCGUCGCCGACAAGCGCUACCACGCCGUCUUCAGGCAGCACUGCACGCCGUCGUGCUACCCCGACGAGCACUACAUCCCGACGUACCUCCACCUCACGCACGGGGCCAGGAACGCCAACCGGACCAUCACCUGGGUCGACUGGUCCAGGGGCGGCCCUCACCCGGCCCGCUACGGCAAGGGCAGCGUCACCACGGAGUUCAUCCAGGCCAUACGGAACAACGGCACGCUGUGCGACUACAACGGGAAGCCAACAAACGUGUGCUACCUCUUCGCCAGAAAGUUUGCGCCUAGCGCCCUCGGCACGCUCAUCAACCUCACCACCACGCUACUCGACUUCUAA